GGCGUUUGGCAUUUGGCAUGCGCAUGUUAUCGAGGAAGAAAAGCACCAGUGUUUAACCGACGGCAUAAAAGUGUAAACAUUAGCAGCCUGGGCUACUUCUGUGUGUCGGUAGGAUGGAAAUAUAAGGUUAACCUCAAGGUGUUGGACCAAACAUUGUUCUUCAGUGCAUGGAAGCAAAGCCAAUGCGCAGGGCCACCAGCGCACGCCAAGACGCCACUGGAAUGGACAUCACCAGCCGCUGUACUCUGGGGGACCCCAACAAACUCCCUGAAGGGGUCCCCCAGCCUGCACGCAUGCCCUACGUCUCAGACAAACACCCACGACAGACCCUGGAGGUGAUCAACCUGUUGAGAAAACACCGGGAGCUCUGUGACGUGGUGCUGGUGGUGGGUGCCAAGAAGAUUUACGCUCAUCGUGUCAUCCUGUCGGCCUGCAGCCCCUACUUCAGGGCCAUGUUUACUGGAGAGCUGGCAGAAAGCAGGCAGACUGAGGUCGUUAUCCGAGACAUCGAUGAGAGAGCCAUGGAGCUGCUCAUUGACUUUGCCUACACCUCACAGGUGACUGUAGAGGAGGGGAACGUUCAGACGCUGCUCCCUGCAGCCUGCCUCCUCCAGCUGGCUGAGAUCCAGGAGGCCUGCUGUGAGUUUCUGAAAAGGCAGCUGGAUCCAUCAAAUUGUCUGGGCAUCAGGGCCUUCGCUGACACGCACUCCUGCCGCGAGCUGCUCCGCAUUGCAGACAAGUUCACCCAGCACAAUUUUCAGGAGGUGAUGGAAAGUGAGGAGUUCAUGCUGCUGCCCGCAAAUCAGCUGAUCGACAUCAUUUCCAGCGAUGAGCUCAACGUGCGGAGCGAGGAGCAGGUUUUUAAUGCUGUGAUGGCGUGGGUGAAAUACAGCAUCCAGGAGCGCAGACCACAGCUACCGCAGGUCCUGCAGCACGUCCGUCUGCCGCUGCUCAGUCCUAAAUUUCUCGUGGGCACUGUGGGUUCAGAUCCUCUCAUCAAGAGUGACGAGGAGUGCAGAGACCUGGUUGAUGAGGCUAAGAAUUACCUGCUGCUGCCACAGGAGCGGCCGCUGAUGCAGGGCCCCAGAACACGGCCGAGGAAACCCAUCCGCUGUGGAGAGGUACUUUUCGCAGUUGGCGGCUGGUGCAGCGGAGACGCCAUUUCCAGCGUGGAGCGUUAUGAUCCUCAGACCAACGAGUGGCGGAUGGUCGCGUCGAUGAGUAAACGGCGGUGUGGAGUCGGCGUCAGUGUUCUGGAUGACUUGCUGUAUGCGGUGGGAGGUCACGAUGGAUCCUCAUAUCUCAACUCUGUGGAGAGAUAUGAUCCUAAGACCAACCAGUGGAGCAGUGAUGUGGCUCCCACGAGCACUUGUCGCACCAGUGUGGGCGUGGCUGUUCUCGGUGGUUAUCUGUACGCUGUAGGAGGACAGGAUGGAGUUUCCUGUCUCAACAUUGUGGAAAGAUACGAUCCUAAGGAAAACAAAUGGACUCGCGUGGCGUCCAUGAGCACCAGGCGACUGGGUGUAGCUGUGGCUGUGCUGGGGGGAUUUCUGUAUGCUGUGGGAGGGUCUGAUGGGACGUCACCAUUAAAUACAGUGGAACGCUACAACCCCCAAGAGAACCGCUGGCACACUGUAUCUCCGAUGGGGACCAGGAGGAAGCACCUGGGCUGUGCGGUCUACCAGGAUAUGAUUUACUCUGUUGGAGGGAGAGACGACACCACAGAGCUGAGCAGUGCAGAGCGAUACAACCCCCGGACCAACCAGUGGUCUCCUGUAGUGGCCAUGACUUCCAGACGGAGCGGGGUGGGCUUGGCUGUGGUGAACGGUCAGCUCAUGGCAGUAGGAGGCUUUGAUGGGACGACGUAUCUCAAAACUAUAGAAGUCUACGACCCCGAUGCCAACACAUGGAGGUUGUACGGGGGGAUGAACUACCGCCGGCUAGGUGGAGGGGUGGGUGUCAUUAAAAUGACUCAUUGUGAAUCCCACAUAUGGUAACACCAACCCCCCACCCAUCCACUCAUACACUCACUUCUCAUCACGUUGCAAUGGUAUGCCUCUUUUCACCAACUCUUGUGCCUCCAAAAAGAGGCGCUGUCCAGUCACACGAGGAUGAGAAAAAACGUGGAGGGGGGGGGGAGUGAGGCUGACGGAGGAACAAACUUUUGAACUCUAGUUGACCCCCGACCCCACUCUGAGGUGAUCAGCUCUGGUUGUCUUCGAUUGACCAUGGUCACCGUGACGUGCACUGAGAGUCAACCGAGAGCCAUGAAGCUUCCAGUUAGAAGAGGACGGUCCUUCUCCUGUGACCUCUGCAGGUUUCAUCCUGCGGGCUUCUCGCUCUGGGACAUUUGAAUGAAAUGGAACUAAACUUGAUUGAGUUUGCUGUUGGGGAAGAUUAUUUUACGUUUCUGCGGUUUAAGAAUUUCAAAAGCAUCGGGUCACUGGACGAGGGCUUUCUCGGUCUUUCCAACUGUGAGAGCCUCCAUCACCUUCCCCUGUCUUUAAAAAUGCCACACCCCACCCCCCAAAUUCUGGCGAGUGACGACUGCCCUGAAUGAGUUAAGAAACAGAAGGCAGAGCGGAAAACCUUCUGUUUAUUGUGUGAGGUCGAUUUUGUUUCCUGGAGACACAACAUUGCAUACCGACUGCCCUCUCAUUCUGUCUCUACUUGGCUUUAGGCUUAGAAGCAUACAUCUCAACUAUGGCUGCUGUGUCUCUGGGCCUCAUGUGUAGCAUUAAUUAGUAGAAAACUGUCAGGUAGUUUCCUUUUUUGCAUUUACGCUGUCAGUUGGAUACCCAGAGAUUUUAUCUCUUGUUGCCACAAGGGGGAGUGAUUCUCAGCGGGAGGAUAUGUACGAGGAGGUCACUGCUACUCAGAACUCACUGUCACCGAAUGGGACUGCUGCACUUUCCGGGAGGCUGCUGUAGCUGCUUGUUAUCUUCAAUGUUUAAAGAUUUCAGUUCAGAUGGUCAAAGCGUAGUUCAUGGAAUUCACCAUGUAGCCUGUUCGUCACCAUAACCCUUCAGUGGAAAGAACUCGGACACCAAAGUCAUCCAAACGCGGCGCUGGUUUGUUGUCGGGUCUGAAUCCUAAAUGCCUCUGUUUUCUUAAAACGAAUCUGAUCGUCUUCAUACAAGCACACACACAAGUGUUUGUACCCUUUCUACAUGGCAACACUUUGAUGCCACCUGUCAUUACCUCCACCUGGCUGCAUCACACUGUUUUUUGUGUUGUGUGAUGUAGGGGGGAAAAAAAGAGCCUACUUUCACUGUGAAGUGGUUGAUCGUGUCAAGAUUGUCUGUUUCAGAAAGUUAGAAAAACUGUCCCCUGGAUUCUGCCAUUGGAAAAGGGGAUCGGAGACCAUGUCGGACGAUCUGACAAACGCUUGGUGCGUUUGAUCGUAUGUCCCAGUCUGACCUCAGAAGUGGAAAAAAUGUGAACUUCUAGGAGCUUGAAAGGAAAAUGCUGGUGAUAUUUGUAUUUUUGUUGUCAACAAAGUCCAUGAAAAAGACCAAAACCAACAAGAUGUUUAUCUUUCAGUGCUUUACAACUUACUAACUUUAACCCAAGUCCAUUCAUUCAUCUUGAAGACCUUAAUUUUACAAAACGAGCGAGUAUCACUCAAACAGGAGGAAAUUGUGUAUUUUUGGGGGACCGCUCUCACCUGCAGAUUAAUCCACACAUGAGUAUUUGUUGUAGCAGGACUGUGUGUAUGGCUGACUACAUUGUGUGUGUGUUCGUGGUAAUGGAGGAAUAUGUAAAUCAGUGCAACACUGUGGCCCAUUGCUGUGUUUUUAAGAGUUUUUGGACACCAGUGAAGCUCUGACACAUCUGAAUAACACCCAUCAGGUUUUGGCGUCACACACAAUAUUUGCGUAUUAAUUGUUGGUUUUUGGACUUUUCAUGGAAUUUGUCGACAGGAGGAAAAAUACACAAUAAAAUCAGACAGAUCUUUGUAGUAAUUUAAAAAGAACCCCUAAUGCUAUCAGUUUAGUUCUGGGGAUAAGAAGAUUGAAUAUAAUACAAACACGCUGCUUUAAAACACCUGUCACCAUACAAAAGGAGACCGUUUGUUUACAGCCUAGGACAUAAAAUCACUCAGUUGUUGAUGUGUUUGCAUUGAAUAUUGAUCCACUGUGGACACAGAUGAGGAUACAGGUGUCAAGAAACGAGUUCAGUCACAUCAAAGAAAAUUAUAUCAUGUAAAUAUUUCACAAGUUUUGUUCAGAAAUGUUGAUAGAAACUGUUGGACUCAUGAUUUAGUAGUUUUUCAGUAUUUAAAAUGUGAAGAUUUCAGUUUUCUUAUCAAACACAGUUCAUGUGAUCGGAUUCAUUUUACAUGCUUCACACUUGCAACAUCAAAAUCUCCUGUAACAACAAACCCAAAACGGUAGAGAGAGAAACAAGUGGCCUAUCGACCAAUGCAGCAAAGCAUAUUUAUAUUAAAGAAGUAAUCAUAUUAACAUAAUUCUUAACUGUAUAUGCAUUGAUUAAUGAGCUACUUCUGUAGGAGUAAUCGAUGUGAUAUUAUUUGUUUUAGUUCACACAGCCACAGGGUUUAGAGACACGGGGCCUCCUUGUUCUGCAGCCACAGUUUCCCAUGUUGUUGUUUUCUAAUGUCCUCAUAUGCGGCACGUAAUGUCGCCACCUGCUGGAGGACAGUUGUAGUGCAGUACUGGUAUGGAUAAUGAAGAGAUCCUCUGCAGUUUUCUUAGUGGUCCCUGGUUGCGUAACUGAUCUCAGCUCAGUGUGAAACAGACACAGUUUGAGGAUACGGUGGUUGGGGUUAAUCUCAUAAUUUAUUGCACUGUGAUUGGAAAUGUAUUUUAGAUUGUAUCUUUUUUUUUUUUUCUUAAAUGUAUUUUAUAUGGGUGUUCAAAUUUCCAGAUAUUUGGGGGGGGGGGGUCUAAAAUGAUGAAUCGGACAUGUCAGGCCUCACUGAUGAUGGGGUUUUUUCAUAGAUGCAACACUACAUGUUUUGACUUUGUGUCACACAGUUUAUCACAGUUCUGCACUUUAAAUUGUGUGUUGAACAAAUGCAUUGAGUUAGAAAGCAGGACCUAACCUGAAUACUGGUGUUAAUGUUCAAUAACGUGGCAAAUCUAGAUUUAGCUGGUUUUAAUUCAAGUCACAGGAUCACUGCUAGGCUCAUAAUGUAUUUGCUGUAUGCAAAUGUUCAUGUUGAAUAUGUUUAUGCUUUUGGAUAUUUUGCUGUUACAUACGUCGAUGUUCACAUGUAGAAUCUGAUCAUUUCAUGCAAUUUUUUUUUUUUUUUUGUUAAACUCAAACAUUGAUGCAACAUGUUACAUAAUGAUUGUGAUAAAUGUCCAUCAAAUAGAAGAAAUAUAGUCACCCCUUUGUUGAACAAAAAAUGAUGCAGUCUUUCCAGCUCCCAAAAUCUCCCAAGUAUAUGUUGCUAUUUUUCACUGCCACAGAAAUAUGAGGAGAUCCCACUCAGUUACGAGUGUUAUUGCGAUACAUGUUAUUGCUUUGGUCCCAGGCGCCGGGUUAUUGUCUGUAUUUUUUACACAAUGUCAACUGGGCAAAGAAAACACCUUGUUUCCAACUUCCUGACUGCAUUUUUCAGAGAAUACAAUUUCCUGCUUUCAUUUCCUUGUGCUAUUUUUCCUCAGCAUCUUCAACUCUAGUCUUAAUUUUCUUACAACUCUGGUUAUUUGUUGUGUUGACUGGAUCGUUUUAGACCAAAGCAGUAAAACUGUAUUUGGCUUUCAAACUGAGUGAGUUUCCCCUUUUAAUCAUGUGAGCUGCUAACGAUGCAUCGUGACUGUGAUGAACCGAAAUCGACCGACUUCAGUCAGUAGCCUAUAUUUAAAUAUCUUGUUUUGAGUCGCCUCUGUGCAGUCUUUCCAACACAUGACCCAAACAUGGUUGUGAUCUAUGGUGUUUUUUUUUGUUUUUGUGAAUCAAAGCAGCCAUCUCUCAGCUGCGAUCACUGCAGCAGCUCUGGACCAUGUUCACUAUGACAAGGAUUAAACUUUUCCCCUGGAAAACAA